CUGCUACACUCACUCGCUUCUGUGCUUCGCUUGAGCAGGCCACAGCUCUUUUUGCACUGCAGCAUGGAGUCGUCGCGUAUCUUUGUGCGCGGGCUGCCGCCCAAGUUCUCCGAGGACGACGUGCGCAAGCACUUUGCCAAAUUCCCCGUCACAGACGUCAAGUUCUUCCCGCACCGCCGCAUCGGCUAUGUUGGCUACAAGACGCCCGAGGACGCCGCAAAGGCCGUCAAGUACUUCAACAAGACCUUCAUCAGGAUGACCAAGAUCUUCGUCGAGAUUGCGCGUCCAAUUGCAGAUGAGCUGUUGCCAAAGUCACGGAGACAGAUCAGGGACGAGCAGGCGGCACCCAAGACCGACGACUACUUCCCGCCGCCAAAAGAGGACAAUGCUCUGAAGCGCAAGCGAGAGGCGGCCGAGCAGGACCCUAAGCUGAAGGAAUUCCUCGAGGUCUACCAGCCGCCUUCGAAAACGAACAUCUGGACCGAGGGCGAUGCGCAGGUUGCUGCAGGCAAUGCGACGGCGGUCGCGGAGCCGGUACAAGAUGUUGUCGUGCCCGCUGACGAGAGUGACGACGAGUAUCAAGUCAUAUCAAAGAAGCCAAAGGUCGUCGAGGCGCCGCAGGAAGUCACCGAAGAGGCAUCACCCGUCGUCGCGGCGGCGCCUGUAAAUCAUGUCGAGGCUGCUACGUCCGAGAUUGCAGACGUCGCCAUGCCGGACGUGCCAGACUCUGCUCCGGCUGAUCAACCACCAACGACUGACGAUGACUGGCUUCGAUCACGAACAAAUCGACUGCUGGAUCUUGUUGAAGACGAUGACGUUCCUGUCGCCCCGGCAUCAGCACCGACCAAGCCUGCUGCCGAGAAGCGCGAUUCACCAGUAGCUCCCACUCAUCAACCUGACGUGCCAACACAACCCGUUGUCGAGCCUGCUACUGACUCGGCGCCGUCCGAAGAGGACAAAAUCCGAGAGACUGGCCGUCUUUACCUUCGCAACCUCCACUUCGAUGUUACUGAAGAAGACAUCAGGAACCAGUUCUCACAAUUCGGCUCGCUUGAUGAAAUACAUGUACCGCUGAAGAAGAUCGACGGUAAAGGCAAGGGCUUCGCCUUUGUGCAGUUCAAAGACCCAGAGGAUGCUGUCAAGGCUUUUGACGAGAGCGAUGGCACCAUCUUCCAGGGAAGGCUGCUGCAUAUCAUCUCAGCGAAGGCGAAGAAAGACACCAAACUUGACGAGUUUGAGAUUUCCAAGUUGCCACUGAAGAAGCAGAAGGAGAUCCGCCGAAAGCAAGAUGUUGUCAAGGCUACGUUCAACUGGAACUCCCUCUAUCUCAAUGCCGAUGCCGUCAUGUCUACUCUGGCAAGCCGCAUGGGCAUCAGCAAAGCAGAGCUGCUGGAUCCCACAUCUUCGGACGCCGCUGUCAAACAGGCCCACGCCGAAACCCACAUCAUCCAAGAGACCAAGAACUAUUUCGCUCAACACGGUGUCGAUCUUGAAGCCUUCAAGACCAGUGCCAAGGGUGACACCGCAGUCUUGGUGAAGAACAUCCCACACUCUGUGACGCCCGACGAACUGCGCAAGACAUUCGAAGAGCAUGGCAAGGUCACCAAGUUCCUUAUGCCUCCGACAGGCAUGACCGCUAUUGCUGAGUUCUCGAAUGCCGCCGAGGCGAAGACUGCAUUCAUGGCCCUGUCUUAUCGUAAGAUGAAGGACUCCAUCCUGUACCUUGAGAAGGCGCCUAAAGACCUGUUCAAGGAGGGCUUCGUGGCGCCUUCGGUUCAAGCCGUAACUGGCGACAAGACAGAUGCCAAGCUCAGCGCAACAGAUCUGCUUGAAGAGGCGCCUGAACCCGAUGCGUCAAACACCGCCACCCUCUACGUCCGCAACCUCAACUUCUCCACGACAACCGACCGUCUCACUGAGACUUUCAAGCCUUUGUCUGGCUUCCGUAGCGCCAGGGUGAAGACGAAGAUUGACCCGAAGCGAGGCGUGUUGUCGAUGGGUUUUGGGUUUGUUGAAUUCGACACCCCUGAAGCGGCGGCCGCAGCGCAGCAAACUUUGGACGGCCGCGAUCUGGAAGGCCACAAGCUGCAGAUCAAGGCAUCCCACAAGGGCGCAGACGCCGCCGAGGAGCGUCGCAAAGAUGACGCUUCGAAGAAGGCGGCGAGCACCAAGAUUCUUAUUAAGAAUUUGCCCUUUGAAGCUAGCAAGAAGGAGGUCCGCGCCUUGUUCACCCCUUACGGCCAGCUUCGGUCCGUUAGGGUGCCCAAGAAGUUCGAUUCGUCUUCACGUGGUUUCGGUUUCGCUGAAUUCACAACCAAACGCGAUGCUGUCAAUGCUAUGAACGCCUUGAAGAACACCCAUCUACUCGGUCGACGACUGGUUCUUGCAUUUGCUGAGACCGAGUCGGACGAUCCUGAGAAGGAACUGGAGAAGAUGCAGCAGAAGAUGGGGGCACAAGCCAACAAGGUCGCCCUGCAGAAGCUCACCGCAGGCGGCCGGCAGAAGUUUAACGUUGCAGGCAACGACGAGCUAGAUGAAUGAGCGUAGAGCGCGUGCGUAUUUGGACUGGUAAAUUGCAAACUCUGCGCGUCACUGCCAGGCAGUGCCGUCCCUAACGGCAUCCCUUACCUCAUCGGCCUAAAAGACGUGGCCCGCCCUUCGCAAAUGACCCCGCGGUGCACUAGAAGCGGGCCAGGUCACACCUUGCACACAGCUUCUACAUGUAAGUCACCGCAACGUUAGCCGCGACCGGAUUCACUCACAGAGACCUGGAUCAAUGGGCAUGGCCACCACACUGGGUCUCAGUCACUGAGACACAACGAGCAAGGCAGCCACAGACGAGAUGCUUGUCGAUCAUACGAACUCGACUCACAAAUCUGUUGUUGACCACUGACAUUCAUUCUUGCUCAAAGCAUUCCAAGCCGAGUUCUCCCUCGCACACAUCCAAUCAGAUGACGGUUGAUCAGUCGGCAAUUACCCGAUGCCCUUGCUCCCACUGCUAACCAGGCAAU